AGGGCCGAGAGAUGGUUAUAAUCGAAAACUGUGGAGAGAGGCACGUAUACAAAGAACAGAGCACAAGAACCCAGCGCCCGGCACAGAGCAGCGGGAAAGGGAUCUGCAACAGCCUUGAAUACCUAACUGAAGAAAUGAAAGAAUAGGGAGCCUGGUUGAAAGAUAAACCUCUCGUGGUUCAGUUUAUAGACUGGGUCCUGAUGAUGUUUGUCAAUACCCCUUUCAGUGGUCUUAUUAUUAUAGCUGGACUUUUGAUCCAAAAUCCCUGGCAGACACUCACUGGCUGCUUAGGAACAACUGUCUCAGCAUUAACAGCACUUAUUCUGGGUCAAGACAGGAGUAUUUUAGCCACCGGGCCAUUGCAUGGCCAUAAUAACUGCGCCUUAGCCUUGAUCACGACUGCCUUCCCUGGCAAGGGAGACUAUUAUUGGCGGCUUCUUUUCCCUGUUGUUGUUACAUCCAUGGUUUGCCCAGUUCUUUCCAGUGCAUUAGGGUCAAUCUUCAGUAAAUGGGACCUACCUAUUUUUACCCUGCCUUUCAACAUCACGGUAUCUCUCUACUUGGCUGCCACCGGACGCUACAACCUCUUCUUCCCUACAACAUCCAUACAGCCUGUAACAUCAGUGCCCAACAGUACCUGGUCUGAACUCCACACACAACUGCUCUUACAGUCCAUUCCCGUUGGAGUGGGGCAGGUAUAUGGCUGUGAUGACCCCUGUGCCAUCUUCCUGACUGCAUUGCUCAUCUCUUCUCCACUCAUUUGCUUGCAUGCUGCAAUUGGAUCAACAGUGGGCAUGCUGGCAGAACUCACCAUUGCUACACCGUUUGACAGCAUCUACUUUGGCUUGGGGAAUUAUAACCGUGAGCUUGCUUGCAUUGCAAUUGGACGCAUGUUCUAUGCGCUUACUUGGCAGACACAUCUGAUGGCACUCAUCUGUGCCCUAUUUUGUGCCUAUGCUGGAGCAAUUCUUACUAAUGUCUUGUCAGUGACUGGAUUGCCACUCUGCACGUGGCCUUUUUGCUUCUCUGCACUUCUCUUUCUGCUACUAAUGACAAACAACCCUGCCAUCUACAAGCUGCCACUCUGCAAAGUCACCUACCCAGAAGCCAGCCAAGUCUAUUAUCUGAGCAUGAAAACAAAUGAGCAGACAACCACCGAGUUGGCUGAACAAAUGUUUCACAAUAACCAGUCUGAAAAAGCAAGAUAUAAUGAAGGAGAGAGUAACUGGAAACUUUUUUCUGUCUGCAGAGUUACAGGGAAAAGAUUGAAACCCACCAAGCACAGCAGCAAAGACUUACAUGGUCAGAAAGCUGCCAUGGAGGACAGUGUCGACGUUAAGAUAGAAACGAACGGGGCGAGGAAGACCACAAAGCAGAAUCCAGUGAGCAAAGGUGGAAAGAGAGUCUGCAGAGUCCUUGGCUACAUCACGGGAGACAUGAAGGAGUUUGAAGACUGGCUUAGAGAUAAACCUCUCGUGUUUCAGUUUAUCGACUGGGUCCUGCGCGGGACAUCCCAGGUGAUGUUUGUCAACAACCCUCUCAGUGGACUGAUCCUGAUUGCUGGGUUCCUGGUCCAGAGCCCAUGGUGGACAAUCACGGGCUGUUUAGGAACAGUUGUCUCAACUUUAACCGCACUUACCCUGAGCCAGGAUAGAUCAGCCAUAGCAGCAGGCCUGCACGGCUAUAAUGGAGUCCUGGUGGGAUUGCUCAUGGCUGUCUUCUCCGACAAGGGAGACUAUUACUGGUGGCUUCUUCUCCCUGUUGCUCUGAUGUCCAUGACAUGCCCCAUUUUCACCAGUGCUUUAGGCUCAGUCUUCAGCAAGUGGGAUGUUCCUGUUUUCACCUUGCCUUUCAACUUUGCCCUGACUCUGUAUGUGGCUGCCACCGGACACUAUAACCUCUUCUUCCCUGCAACACUCAUUCAACCUUUAACCUCUGUACCUAACAUCACCUGGACUGAUAUUGAAGUGCCAAAGUUGUUCCAAUCCAUUCCCGUUGGAGUUGGACAGGUGUACGGCUGUGAUAACCCCUGGACUGGAGGCAUCAUCCUGGUUGCUUUGCUCAUUUCCUCUCCGCUCAUUUGUCUGCAUGCUGUCAUCGGAUCAGCAGUGGGGGUAGUGGCAGCCCUGAGCCUGGCAGCACCUUUUAGUAAAAUCUACUCCGGCUUGUGGAACUACAACAGCUCCCUCUCAUGCAUCGCGAUUGGAGGCAUCUUCUAUGCUUACACCUGGCAGACUCUCCUGCUUGCAGUUGCUUGUGCACUCUUCACUGCCUAUCUAGGAGCAUCUCUGGCUAAUAUGUUUUCUGUGUUUGGAUUGCCGUCAGGUACCUGGGCCUUCUGCUUAUCUGCCCUUACCUUUCUGUUGAUAACCACAAAUAACUCUUCCAUCUACAAGUUACCUCUCUCCAAAGUCACUUACCCAGAAGCCAACCGAGCCUAUUACUUGGCAAUGAAGAAACAUCACAAGUCCUCCUGUGAGGUGUAAAUGCUAAGGCAGAAAUAUACUUUGUGACAGCAGCACAAUGUGCCUCCCAGAAUAGGCUGACUGUUGUGCAACAUCAUCAAGAGAAAAUCAUUCACUUUCAAAUGGAGAGAUUUUUCCUCCAUGGUGUUCAUUUAUUGUUUUCCAUAGCUACUGCACUGGAUUAUGAGCACCUGUAACAGGUACCAAUCCAUACUGGCUGAAUCCAGAGCAGUGAAGAAGAGAACCCCUCUGGGAAACUUUCCAGCCAGGACCUGAGAUUGAACAGAGGUUGGCUUCAUUUCAGGUAGAUGAGAUAGUUUUUUAUUAGCAAGGAAAGUGGAUAGAUGGUGCCAUUUAUCAGCGGUGCCAAAGUUUGACGUUCUAGCUCAUGGUCUUGUUAGGGCCAAAUGAAGAGGUAACUAACCCCACCUUUGCAAAAACCCACAUGCAGAGACAGACAAAGAGCACUGAUCUGUUGCAUUUCCAACUCCUGUGAUUUUACCAUAGUUGCAGACAACUAGAAACUAUAAGGCAAAUAAAAACAACCCCCAAAUGAUGAUUUCUUUGGAAAAAAACAUCGUUAUUUUUAGGCCAGCCACUCAAUUUUUGAGCUGUCAGGGCUGGAACUGCUGGAUUAGUGAGAAGGAAACAAGCAGAGACAUCACUGUCCCUUUGCAGUUUAGAAAGAUGUUAAAUUCAAUCCAUGCCAUAAACACCAAUAAUUGCAUUGCUUGAAUUCUUCCCCUAUGAGGCUUUCUCCAGUACUAGAGGAAAAUAUUCUCUCUUCCCAGUCUUUCCAUUUUUAGUUCACAAAAAUGAAGCAAUCAUAGGGCAGAAAUAGCCUCCAGGCAAUAUUCACCUCUACUAAGUAAAAGGAAAUGGCCGAUAGACCAGUACAGUGUAGUUCUCUCCUCCUACAGGCCCUGCCCCCUAGUCUGUGUAUAUCUUCUGCCCAGGGUCCUUUCCUACCCAUCAUCGAGCUGGGUUUGCUACAGUGCAUGGCCUUCUACAACUGUACAGAUAGU